UAUUCUUUCUCUCUGACUCUCACCGUAUCAGCCCAUCAAUCUCACUACUUAUUGAGAGCUGCCCCCGAUUUCCCGUUGAUUCCCGUCAGUUUGGUGAUGUUUACAGGACAAAUAACAACAAUCCUUUUUAAUGACCAGUUUAUGUUGGCAACCAGUCCCCCCCCCCCCCACGUCCAGCACGACGUUGGCGAAUAGUUUCAGGGAUUUUAUUGCUGAUGAUCUGUGGGAUUGGGGAUGUUUUUCUGCCUCUCGCGGCCCGUGUCCGGCAGUUUGUUGAUGCGGUUAAUUCCUGUUAUUUCAGUGGAGGUUUGCUGCCUUCUGCUGGUGGCGCUGCUUUGGGGUGGAACAAACCCCUUUUUGAAGAAAGGCACAGAGGGGAUAGAGAAGGUUAAGACUGGGAAUAUGGUCACUCAGGUCUUGGCCGAGAUGAAAUUUUUAUUUCUUAAUUACAAGUAUUUGAUGCCUUUUCUCCUGAACCAAAGUGGAUCAGUUGUUUAUUACUUCACCUUGGCUUCUACAGAUCUGUCCCUGGCUGUGCUCUUGUCCAACUCUCUAACUUUUCUCUGCACGUUGCUGACGGGGAAGCUACUUGGGGAAGAUAUUGGUGGCAAACAGGCGGUUGCAGGAAUGGUGCUGACUACACUGGGUGUCACUCUGUGUGUCGCCAGCAGCCUCACUGCGGAAGCCCGGCGGUGAAAGAACCCAGCUGCCCAGUUUGCAAUUUCGUCAUUUGUGUUCGAUCACCUCAUGAGGUGAGGAAGGAACUAAAUGCAGAGAAGGAAAGAAAUGCUCAGCUGGAUACAGUUCCAGACUGGAACAAAAUAAAUAUUCAAUAACUUUGGGACUGGCUCUUUACAACUGUACAACUUGACUCCAAGCAGAAUGUUUACAUUGUUUACAUUGCAUCAGAAAUUGACAGGGAUUGGAAAGUCGGCUGUAGUUACCUUCAAUCUUGAAACAGAUUCAACCAAUUGUUGUUGUGAAUUUAUUAGUUGAAAUUGGCAAGAAAGCUGUUGUUUUGAGCUGUGGUCAUAAUUAUAUAUUGGUUGGGAUGGAAUAUGCAAAAAUCGUGAAUAUGUUUCUGUCUCUCAACAGAAAGCUAAUAAUAGUAAUAAAUCCUUGUAAUUGAUAUAGCACCUUAUCGCGUCUCGAAGCGCUUCACGGGAUAUACUGCUGCUCUGGUCAAUGCAGACUUGCAGCUAAACCAUAGUUAAAAACAAAAUCAGUUAGUUAUUGUAAUGUCUUAAUUUAUGUGUUUUAAAAAAAAUUCUGCGACAAGGGAUCUUGAACACUAAAUUGAAGCGAUACAUUUUGAAUUGGUGCCGAAUCGGGUUCCCACCACCAGGUGGGAGCACAUUUACAAUCUUAAUCAAAAUGCGAGGAACGACUGAUGCCCCAGUGCCAUGUGGGAUGUUGUUAUAAUAUGGUGUGGGCUGGGCCAGAGCAGCAGUUACAGCAAGUCACUAGGACACAAUUGUACAAUGUUCCGUUUGCUUCUCGGUGGCAGUUAAUCUUCCCUUUGCUCUUAAUUUUAAACAGCAUUUCUAUUUA